GUGUUAUAAAGGACGCAAAAAAUAAAUAAAUUAGAGCAUCUUUUGGGGGGGAGGGAAUUCAGCGGAUCAGUGUCUUAGAGGAGCUUUUUUUUUUUUUUUUUUUUAAAGAGCGAGAAAUCAUAUAAAAUAAAAUGAAAUAAAACAAGGAGGAAGGCAACCAGCUGUUAGAGGGGGGAAAUAAGGCAGAUAAAGGAGCGGGGAGAGAAAUUAAUUGCCAACCAGGAGGAGUUGGGCUGUAUUUUUCAAAGGUGGGGGGAGUGGAGCACACACCUUGAGGAGGAAAGCGAGAAAGAAAAGAAAAAAGCAAGUGGAAGGGGGGGCUCGCCCAAGAAGGGUGAAGAAGCGAAGAAAGUCGAGGCGCCGAGGCUCCCAAAGCUGGCAGCUCCGGGCGGCGGUGCAGGGGCGAAGGGGGGGCGGGGGGGACCGUCGGACAUGCGGCUCUGGAGUUGGGUGCUGCGCCUGGGGCUGCUGAGCGCCGCGCUGGGCUGCGGGCUGGCCGAGCGCCCCCGCCGGGCCCGGAGAGACCCGCGGGCCGCGCCCCCGCGCCCUGCCGCCGGCCCGGCCACCUGCGCCACCCGGGCGGCCCGUGGCCGCCGCGCCUCGCCGCCGCCGCCGCCGCCGCCGCCGGGCGGUGCCUGGGAAGCCGUGCGCGUCCCCCGGCGGCGGCAGCAGCGGGAGGCGAGGGGCGCCGCCGAGGAGCCGAGCCCGCCGAGCCGGGCGCUCUAUUUCAGCGGGAGAGGCGAGCAGCUGCGCCUGCGGGCCGACCUCGAGCUGCCCCGGGACGCGUUCACGCUGCAAGUGUGGCUACGAGCAGAGGGGGGCCAGAGGUCUCCAGCGGUGAUCACAGGGCUGUAUGACAAAUGUUCUUAUGCCUCACGUGACCGAGGAUGGGUCGUGGGCAUUCACACCGUCAGUGACCAAGGCAACAGAGACCCACGCUACUUUUUCUCCUUGAAGACAGACCGGGCCCGACAAGUGACCACCAUCAAUGCCCACCGCAGCUACCUCCCAGGCCAGUGGGUAUACCUGGCAGCCACCUACGAUGGGCGGCUGAUGAAGCUCUAUGUGAAUGGUGCGCAGGUGGCAACCUCGGGAGAGCAGGUGGGAGGCAUUUUCAGCCCAUUGACCCAGAAGUGUAAGGUCCUCAUGCUGGGAGGCAGCGCCCUGAAUCACAAUUACCGGGGCUACGUGGAGCGCUUCAGCCUGUGGAAGGUGGCCAGGACGCAACAGGAGGUCUUGCUGGACAUGGAGACCCAUGGCCUCCACACUCCUCUACCUCAGCUCCUCCUCCAGGAGAACUGGGACAAUGUGAAGCGGGCCUGGUCCCCCAUGAAGGAUGGCAGCAGCCCCCGCGUGGAGUUCAGCGGUGCCCACGACUUCCUGCUGGACACGAGUCUGGAGCCUCCUCUCUGCGGGCAGACACUGUGUGACAACAUGGAGGUCAUUGCCAGUUACAACCAACUUCCCCGUUUCCGCCGUCCCAAGGUGGUGCGCUACCGCGUGGUCAACCUCCACGAUGACGACCACGAGAACCCCACAGUGAGCCGCCAGCAGAUCGACUUCCAGCACGGGCAGCUGGCCGAGGCCUUCAGGCAUUACAACAUCUCUUGGGAGCUGGAGGUGCUGGAGGUGAGCAACUCAUCCUUGCGCCACCGCCUCAUCCUGGCCAACUGCGACAUCAGCAAGAUCGGGGACGAGAACUGCGACCCUGAGUGCAACCACACCCUGACCGGCCACGAUGGCGGGGACUGCCGCCACCUGCGCCACCCCGCCUUCAUGAAGAAGCAGCAGAACGGGGUGUGCGACAUGGACUGCAACUACGAGCGGUUCAACUUCGACGGCGGGGAGUGCUGUGACCCCGAGAUCACCGAUGUCACCAAGACCUGCUUCGAUCCUGACUCUCCAUACAGAGCAUACUUGGAUGUUAAUGAGCUGAAGAACAUUCUUAGACUGGAUGGAUCAACACAUCUCAAUAUCUUCUUUGCAAACUCCUCCGAGGAGGAAUUGGCAGGAGUAGCCACUUGGCCAUGGGACAAGGAGGCCCUAAUGCACUUAGGUGGCAUCGUCUUGAAUCCAUCUUUCUAUGGCAUUCCUGGGCACACCCAUACCAUGAUCCACGAGAUUGGGCACAGCCUGGGCCUCUAUCACAUCUUUCGAGGCAUCUCCGAAAUCCAGUCUUGCAGUGACCCCUGCAUGGAGACAGAGCCCUCCUUCGAGACCGGAGACCUCUGCAGUGACACCAACCCAGCCCCCAAACAUAAGUUCUGUGGUGACCCUGGGCCAGGGAAUGACACCUGUGGCUUUAAUAGCUUCUUCAACACUCCUUACAACAACUUCAUGAGCUACGCAGAUGACGACUGCACCGACUCCUUCACGCCCAAUCAAGUCGCCAGAAUGCACUGUUACCUGGACCUGGUGUACCAGAGCUGGCAGCCCUCCAGGAAGCCGGCGCCUAUUGCCCUCGCCCCCCAGAUCGUGAGCCACACCACUGACUCCGUGACGCUGGAGUGGUUCCCACCCAUCGACGGCCACUUCUUUGAAAGAGAAUUGGGAUCAGCGUGUGACCUUUGUCUGGAAGGGAGAAUCCUGGUGCAAUACGCCUUCAACGCCUCCUCCCCAAUGCCCUGUGGCCCUUCAGGACACUGGAGUCCUCGGGAAGCAGAAGGUCAUCCAGAUGUUGAACAGCCCUGUAAAUCCAGUGUCCGCACCUGGAGCCCAAAUUCAGCUGUCAACCCACACACGGUCCCUCCAGCCUGCCCAGAACCACAGGGCUGCUACCUUGAACUUGAAUUCCGCUACCCUUUGGUCCCCGAGUCUUUGACCAUCUGGGUGACCUUUGUCUCCACUGACUGGGACUCCAGUGGGGCUGUCAAUGACAUCAAACUCUUGACUGUCAGUGGGAAGAACAUCUCCCUGGGCCCUCAGAACGUCUUCUGUGAUGUCCCUCUGACCAUCAAACUCCAGGAUGUGGGCGAGGGGGUGUAUGGCAUCCAGAUCUACACGUUGGAUGAGCACCUGGAGAUUGAUGCAGCCAUGUUGACCUCUGUCGCAGACAGCCCGCUCUGCCUAGAGUGUAAACCCCUGCAGUACAAGGUGGUUCGGGAUCCUCCUCUCCAGGUGGACGUGGCCUCCAUGCUACACUUCAGUAGAAGAUUCACGGAUGUGGAUCUGCAUCUCGGCAGUGUGUACCAGUACUGGGUCAUCACUAUUUCAGGCAAUGAAGAGAGUGAGCCAUCACCUGCUGUCAUAUAUACCCAUGGAAGUGGGUACUGUGGUGAUGGCAUCAUCCAGAAAAGCGAAGGUGAAGAAUGCGAUGACAUGAACAAGGUCAGCGGGGAUGGCUGCUCCCUCUUCUGCCGACAGGAAGUUUCCUUCAAUUGCAUUGAUGAACCCAGCCGGUGCUAUUUCCAUGAUGGUGACGGGGUAUGUGAGGAGUUUGAACAAAAAACUAGCAUCAAGGACUGUGGGGUCUACACGCCUCAAGGGUUCCUGGAUCAGUGGGCAUCUAAUGCUUCAGUCUCCCAUCAAGACCAGCAGUGCCCAGGCUGGGUCAUCAUUGGCCAGCCAGCAGCAUCCCAGGUGUGUCGAACCAAGGUGAUAGAUCUCAGCGAAGGCAUUUCUCAGCACGCCUGGUACCCUUGCACCAUCCCCUACCCGUACUCCCAGGUGGCUCAGACCACUUUUUGGCUCCGGGCGUACUUUUCCCAGCCAAUGGUUGCUGCAGCUGUCAUCGUCCACCUGGUGACUGAUGGGACCUAUUAUGGGGACCAAAAGCAGGAAACCAUCAGCAUCCAGCUGCUUGAUACCAAAGAUCAGAGCCACGAUCUAGGCCUCCAUGUCCUGAGCUGCAGGAACAAUCCCCUGAUUAUCCCUGUGGUCCAUGACCUCAGCCAGCCCUUCUACCACAGCCAGGCGGUCCGUGUAAGCUUCAGUUCACCCUUGGUCGCCAUCUCGGGGGUGGCCCUCCGCUCCUUCGACAGCUUUGACCCCGUCACCCUGAGCAGCUGCCAGAGAGGGGAGACCUACAGCUCUGCCCAGCAGAGCUGCGUGCACUUCGCCUGUGAGGCUGCUGACUGCCCACAGCUGGCUGUGGAGAAUGCUUCUCUCAACUGCUCCAGCAGUGACCACUACCAUGGUGCCCAGUGCACCGUGAGCUGCCGGACAGGCUAUGUGCUCCAGAUACAGCGGGAUGACGAACUGAUCAAGAGCCAGACAGGACCCAGUGUCACAGUGACCUGCACGGAAGGCAAAUGGAACAAGCAGGUGGCGUGUGAGCCAGUGGACUGUGGCAUCCCAGACCAGCACCACGUCUAUGCCGCCUCGUUCUCCUGCCUCGAGGGCACCACCUUCGGGCGAAAAUGCUCCUUUCAGUGUCGUCACCCCGCACAGUUGAAGGGCAACAACAGCUUCCUGACCUGUAUGGAGGAUGGGCUGUGGUCCUUCCCAGAGGCCCUGUGCGAGCUCAUGUGCCUGGCUCCACCCCCGGUGCCCAACGCAGACCUCCAGACGGCCCGGUGCCGAGAGAAUAAGCACAAGGUGGGCUCUUUUUGCAAGUACAAGUGCAAACCUGGAUACCACGUACCCGGCUCCUCCCGGAAGUCAAAGAAAAGGGCCUUCAAGACUCAGUGCACCCAGGAUGGCAGCUGGCAGGAGGGAGCUUGUGUUCCUGUGACCUGUGACCCUCCUCCACCGAAAUUCCACGGGCUGUACCAGUGCACUAAUGGCUUCCAGUUCAACAGCGAGUGUAGGAUCAAGUGUGAAGAGAGCGAUACCGCCCAGGGACGCGGCAGCAAUGUCAUCCACUGCCGGAAAGAUGGCACCUGGAGCGGCUCCUUCCACCUCUGCCAGGAGAUGCAAGGCCAGUGCUCGGCCCCGGACCAACUCAACAGCAACCUCAAGCUGCAGUGCCCCGAAGGCUAUGCCAUAGGAUCAGAGUGCUCCACCUCGUGCCUGGACCACAACAGUGAGUCCAUCAUCCUGCCAGUGAACGUGACUGUCCGGGACAUCCCCCACUGGCUGAACCCCACACGGGUGGAGAGAGUCAUCUGCACGGCUGGUCUUAAGUGGUACCCUCACCCUGCUCUGAUCCACUGUGUCAAAGGCUGUGAGCCCUUCAUGGGAGACAAUUACUGUGAUGCCAUCAACAACCGAGCCUUCUGCAACUAUGAUGGUGGGGACUGCUGCGCUUCUACAGUGAAGACCAAAAAGGUCACCCCCUUCCCUAUGUCUUGUGACCUACAGGGUGACUGUGCUUGUCGGGACCCUCAGGCCCAAGAACACAGCCGGAAAGACCUCCGGGGAUACAGCCAUGGCUAAGGAAGGACCAGGAGUUGUCAAAGAAUUCCCAGCGCCAGGACCCGCAUCCCUUUGGUAUUGAUUUCACAGUCAGCUGCUCAACGGAAUGGCCUCUCCACACCAGGGAUCCUUAGUACCCAACCGGUCUGCCUUUAAUUUCACCCAGGAAGGACUCGUAGUGGGGGUGCGUGAACCAAGUCUUGCUAUGCUGAAUGAUGGAAUGGAAUCCCAUCCCAAAGUCUUAGAUGGACUUCAUAUAUGGUGUGCAGUCCCAGAGCCUCCUAAAAUUCUAACCAUUUGUUCACACGGCCACAGCAAGAAAUGUGUUCUGUGUCUAGGAGUGUGCCCAUCUGUGGUUAGCACACAUGUAUGCAUAUGCACCCAUGCAAACAUCCGUGUGAGGGCAGUUUUGGAGACUGAGCAGAGAGACUUGGACAGACUCAAUUUUUCCUUUCCCAAGCUCCUAGCCAACACUGUCCUUGGGAGAAAGAGAGUUGUAGAAACUGCUAAGACCACGUGUUGAAAUGCCAAGAUAGUUCACACCCCGAGACUUGGAAUAUGUGAGGCGUUUACAAGUGUGUAGUCCUUUGGGACUGAAAUGAAAUGGUCUCUGAUCACCUCCCUUCUAGGGAAGUAGGACCCAGGAAGAGGUAAAGCAUCUGAGGUAUGCAAAGCCCCCCCCCCCCAAUUCUUCUGCUGCCAUGGGGGAUCGUACCCCACCUCCAGGGUUCAAGGCCAAGCUGGAAAUGGCUUAGGAUUGCAAUGUCAAGGUAUUAUAACAGCCCCCUGCUUGAGGCUUGAGGCCAUAACACCCCUCCCAUUCCCCAAAUCUUGCCUUGGGACCACAUUUGCUGCUACUUUUCUGGCUGCUCUAUCCUAUACAUUGAGUACCCCCGAGAUGGUAGGACUAGGUUAGGAAAAACCUCACACAACCAAACAGUCUGCCUUAAAAGUGACCCACAUCUUUCCAUACCUCCUCACUUCUUAGCCCUUCCGUAAGAGAAAACCCCUCAUUGGCCCACAUGGCGGGUAGUGAAGUCCCCCACGGGUGGGCUUCCCUCCGGGAAGGGAAUUGAGAGACUUGAGAUGCUGGAACCCUCCCUGAGAGUCUAGAAUGUCUAAGCCAGUGUUAGAUUUUUAUAACCAAGUGGAACAGUGUUAAAGGUCUAUGAUGCUGGAACCAUCCAGAGCCCGUUAGAAUUGUAGAGACUCAAGUUACCAUCCCCAUCCAAGCCUUCCUGCCCCUCCAGGCUAGAGAAGACUUUGGUUCUGAGGACCUCACUGUUGCCCUGAGUAGCGAUAGCUCUGGAAUAGAGAGUCACCUUGCAUAUGCUCAGUUUAGACCGUGUUCUAGAGGGCCAUCAGAGGGAAGUCAAAAAGUUCUCAGCCUCGGUUCCCAACAAUCCUGCAUGGUCAUCCAUCCACAGAGUCUUCCAGCUACCAGUACUCCCAUCCAUGCCUAUGGUUGGGCAACCUUUCCCUCUCUCUCCCAGGUUCAGCCUCCAAAAGCUAAGAGAAGAUGAGUCAAAUGCAUGUAGAAGCCCCCACCUCACUGGGGUACUCUUGGCCUCUUUUCAGUCAGUUACUUAUCUACUCCUUUUGAAUUAAUAUGGGAAGAGAUUCAUACAGAAUGAGGUAGAGAGAAUGCGUAAGUUUGACAUGACUUCUGAGACCUGAAACUGAAAGUGUAAAGCGAUGGGUCUAAACUAGAUGUAUCAUAUAAAGAUUGCUACAAAUCAAGUCAUCUCUAGUCCAGUGAAGAUAACCAAAAAAAAAAAAGUUUAGCCUAGAAAAUACCAGGCACAUGUGCUGACCCUCAUUCCUGCAUCCCAUGCAGGCAUUGUUAAUCAGCCAUAGCCCCCAUCCCCGCAGUAGGGACCAAAAGUAACUUCAGAAACCUUCUUACUGUAUCACUCACAAUAGCAGUUACCUGCGGAUCAAGGACACUUGAGAAGAUAUCUUGGUCUGUUAUAUUAGGAAAUAUAUCAAGGUGCUUUUUUGCACAGGUGCCCACAAAUAAGGAUGCAGUGCUUAGUUUUGUGUGGCUUGUACCAUACUACAAACUCUGAGAUUGGGUUCCAGAGUGGAGGGUCUACCAGUCUCUCCACUGCUGAGGCCUGGCUCAAAUCCUUUCUGGCUCCUUCUUACCAUCUCAUAUCUUAUUUAUAUUCAGGAUAUGUUUUUUGUUUCCUAUAAUUACCAGGGCCAACCCUUGCCAAAACAACAGUAAUAAUGGCAUAAGCAUUGAUUGAUUCUAUUUUGUACCCCUCUCCAGUAUCUCAAAACUCUUACCAACAGUCAAAGCCCCGCUCUUGCACUAGAUGAGUUGUCAACCUGUGUGUGGUGUUAGCCAGGAAGGAACAAAGAAAGAAAGAUAAUAGUCAGCCCUCACAGUUGCUUUUCUACAUUAGGAAGUAGUGCAAGAAGCCUUGGAGACCCAAAGAUGACAUUGCUUAUGGUGGGGUUGCAGAAACCAUAGAAGAACCUCACCAGCUCCUUUAACUCAGACUCUCAUCUUCUUUCCUCUUCCACUUGUACCCUUGUUUUAGCCCAACAUUUUUCACCUGAGCAAAGUUUCCUGGAGGCUGACUUCCUUCUACCUUCAGCUUCUCAGAUUGAGUUGAGCCCUUUUGAGCAAAGGUCCUCCUAGUCUCCUUCUGACCAUCAUCCAAACCUGCUACUCACAAAUUCCUAUUUGCCAAGGAUAUUAGGUGAGAGGGGCUACUUGACAGAUGGCCAGCCUCAUGCCCACACACAAGGGUCAUUAAUACACCCUUCUCAGACUUUAGCAGAGGACAGUUGUUCUAAUCAUGUGAUGCACUGAUGCUCGGUUUCAUUUUCUUUCUGGGGAUAAGUUCAUUGUCUCAUCUCCUAUUUUGGACAGUGGAGACUCCCAGGAAGGCAACUUCUGAAACAUUCUUGUCUGUCAGCAGUUCAGGGGCCCAAAAGCACACGGAGGUUCUGAAGACAUAUUAGCUUCUUCAGAACUUUCUUCUGAACUAGGGAGUUCUGAAGAAGUAUUAGCCUGUUAGCAGGAAGAAAGAAAAGAGGAGGUGGUCAGUGGUCCAGACCUUUUCUUGGGAAGAUGUUCCGAGUGACCACCCUACUGGCUACUAGAGGACUUGCAUUAUCCCCCAGAUUCUGUGCCAACCACCUUUUAAGGGAAGGCAUUCCUUGGGAAGUCCACUAUGGUGGUUGAAUGGAGGUAUUGAAAGGGGAGACAUCAUGGCUGUAAAUUGUAGGACUCUGAAGAUGGAGGUUAUCAGCUGCUUCUCCUGGCUUUAGCGUGUUGAGUCACUUGUCUAGACAGGUCUCCUAAUCUCUAACCACCUUGGCCAAUGCUUAAAUGCUAUGUGUUGAAAAUUAUUCUUUGAGAUAGAUUUCAGCUACCUCCCUUCCAGGUUUGAUUUAACUUGGUUGUAACUGUCAAUUUGUUAUAGGUCUUACCUGUGUUUUAAGAAGGAAAGGAAGGAAGGAAGGAGACAAAGAGGAGAAAGGAAGAAAGUAGGGAAGAAAGGAAACCAUAAACUCAAGUUAACAGUUUUGAGGUUUUUUGGGUUUUUUUUUUUAUUUGCUUUUUUUUGUUUUUGUUUUUUCUGGAACUACUUCAAGUAAGAAAAUAAAAAGAAGAAAUUGAUGGUGACAAAGCUGUACAGAUAGAGAUUAGUAGAAGGAGAUUAAAAGUAAAUAAAAAAUGCAUGAUUAAAAAUAUGAAUUUUAAAAGCCUAUUUUUGUGCUUCCUAAAGGAAAUUGUUUAUUCUACAGACUAAGUAGGUAGACACAAGCAUAAAGUUUGCCCUAGCAGGAGACAGAGUGGGAUUUUAUGUCACUGUCUGUUAUUUUCUGUACGUUGUGGUAGGUCCAGGAAAUAAGGCAUCAUCCCCCUUAAUAGCUAGUCAUUGUUGGGGGAGCAUUUUGUCUACUUGUUUGGUGGCAAUCUGUAAUAGUAGGGAACGGGAAGGGCUUGAGAUUGGUUUUACCAAAUGUUAAGGGGACAUACUGUGUUGUGCUUUUCUCAUUAUAAAAUGUUGGUAUUUACCAUUAGAGCACUGGGCUAUAUAAAGUCUGCACUUAGAAUCACACUGCACAGUCCACUUUCCUAAAAAGCUGCUACAUGACCAGACAGGUACUUCCCAUGGUUUUUGAGAAACAAAAACAAACCAAGCAAACAACAAACAUAAAGUCUAAAAAGCAAAGAAAUAAAAAUCUAUUCUUAUAGUUUACUCAAGUUUUGCCAAAUUCCUACCAUCUGUUUGAUCUUUAAAAGUAAUGUGUACUAGCCAAAAGAGGAGCAAUGUCCCUAGAGUAAGAACCUGGAAUUCUUGACUCCAGGCAGCAGUUUGCUCAGUGAUCUUGAACAAGUCAUCCUAUUGCCUCUCCAUUUGCCUCAGUUUCUCCAGCUGCAAAAUGGGGAUACUACUACUUACCUACCUCACAGUGGGAGGGCAGGUUAUUGGGAGGCCCUGAGGUUUUAAAGGGGCUGUGGCAAUCUGUGAGAGCCAAGGCUUGACGCAAAGUCUCUGGGUUAUUUUUCAAGAAUGCACAGGCCUGUUGGCCACUUCAGAAAGACAGGGAGUGCUCGUUUGCUAUUUCAAGGAAUAAAGGUGGAGCUCCUAGAUUAGAUUCCACCUUAAGAGAGAGGCUUAUAUUUGAGAAUAUUUCACUUGUAGAUAAAUUGGACGUCCCCCCUCCCUUAUGCUGGCCUUUACCAGUUCUAUCAUUUGACUGAAAAUGAAUGACUUCCUACAGUGUAAAAAGUCCAUUUCCUGUUUAUUCAAGACUUCUGGGCCAUUUCCAACUGUAUAGAGGAAGGGAGUCCCUAAGAUCUCUUUCUUCUCAGACUUAAAAUUCCACAUCGAGUGUUCCAUUAAAAGAAGAUACGGCAUUCUGAGUGCAAACUCGGGGCUUCUCAAACUCUACACCAGCAGUCAGUGAGGAGAACGUUGAACAAUUAUUGACUUGCUUUCUUGGGUCUCUAUAAUCAAUAACCUGUCCGCAGAUAUCUAUCUAUAUAAAGAUAUUAUAUAUAAAUAUAAAUUUACAUAUAUAUGCACAUGUAUAUAUAGCUGUACAUAUAUGUGUGUAUAUAUAUACUUAAAUGUAAUAUUUACAAAAUAAAACUGUGAUCUCGUCUAGAGAAAAUGUAUUCAUAUUACAAAACUGCUCUUCCAUAUUUAUGUAUCAUAUUAUACCUUUUUAUUAUUGUUAUAAUUAUUAUGGGUAUUUCUAAUUAUUAUGAUGUUGAAAUCUGUUGGCAUCUUCUGGAAACUACCAAAAAAUGACUCUCCAUUGAAGUGCUUAAAAUCUGUUCUCAUGAGAAUUCUACCGGCCUACUAUUAAAAUAGAAAAAAAAAAAAAAAAAAGAAAACAAUCUAAGCACCAAAAACAAAACACAAUUCCAAUCCUUUUUCUGUACCUCACGCGCAUAAAUUUGCUGCUCCUUUUUUGGGUUUUAUUUUUUUCCUGUUUAUGUGUUUUUAUGGAUCUAAGUUAAGUCUUUUCAGCAAUAUAUAAAAAUGUAAAUAGUAAACCUUAUUUAUUAAGAAUGUCAUCUUUUUUAAUUUAUAUUUACACAAUUGUUCAUCUAAUUUAUUUUUUCUAUGCGGUUUUAAAUACUCAGACAUAUUUUGCUGUUCAUGAUAUUUUUAUCCUCUUCUCAUGGAUUUGUUUCUCCAUACUGUUUUCUCUGGUCUCAAUUACAGGUUGGAUCUCACAAAAAUAAUAAUGUCAAAGACAGAAAUAUUUUGCCACUGUUGAUUACUAUACCUUAAAGUUCUAUAUUAUGAAAAUAUAUAAUAGCUUGUAUGCUUCAA